AUGAUAUAUGGGCGAGAACCGAAAUUACCAUUCGAUCAUCAACAUCCGCUAGUAUCAAUCCAACAAGAUCCGGAUCAUCUGAAUAAAUUGAGCAGUUAUCUAACUAGUAUGGUCAAGGAAGCACAAAAGAAUAUCCUGGAACAACAGCAAAAAUCAAAAAACCGUUAUGAUAGAAAUCGAUCCGAUCCACAAUAUCGGAUCGGCGACUUAGUUCUUAUAAAGAAAAUUAAUGCUCGAAAUAAAUUUGACAUCAGGAAUGAAGGGCCGUUUCGAAUCAUUGAAAAAUUGGCACAAAAAACGUAUGUCGUUCAGCAUGUUAAAAACCUGGAUAUAAAACGACAAGUUAUUAGCGAUGUCAUCGUACCAUUAUUUGAACGUCCAAGAUUGACAUCUAAAACUAAAGAUGAUCAACGUUCUGUCAAACUGAAAAAAUGCAUUCACGAUAAUGUGAAUAAAUGGAAUCAUUUUAUUGUUAUCCACAUAAAAAUUCAUUUGGAAUUACUUUUAUUUUAUUAUUAUAACUGA